GCCUCCGGGCGGGCUGCCGGGCUACCUACCUCCGUCCGUCCGUCCGAGCAGGAGGAAGAAGGGAUUGGGUGCGGUGCGGUGCUGUGCGGGUUUACGGUCUUCAGGGGGACAGAAAUGUUAAAGGAAGAGCUGAAGUCCAGUCUCCUGAUCAAUGGGAGGAGUUGUCUCUGCAGCCACUGCGCAAAAUGCAUCCUUUGCAGACUCUCUGUCUUCACUAAGGAGACCAAAUAGAAGGCUGUAAUGAACACGCCACUGCAUCAGAUCUCUGUCAUUCCAGCCCGAGACAUUUCCGCUGUCAGAGGCUCCAGGAGUAAGACCAAAGAAAAAGAGCGGGAAGAACAGAACGAGAAAGCCCUGGGGCAUUCCUUAAGCCGUUCCAGUAACAUUUCUAAGGCUGGAAGCCCGACGUCGCCGUCCGCUCCUCACAGCUUCCCUCGGACGUCGGUGACACCGUCCAACCAGGACAUCUGCAGUUCCAGUGCAGUGUUUUCUGAGUGUUGUCAUCACAGUCCCGUGCAGUCUGCUGUUGUCUUGAAAUCUCCUCACUACCAGAGUUCUCUGACCCAAGGGGUCACAGUGACGGUUUUCCGUCAGGACCCGUUAAGGGCCUCUAAAGCCGGGAAUCCCGAAGCCGGCAGACUCCUCAAGUUCUCCAGAUCCCUCAACGAUGUGGACGAGAGGGCCCGGGCCCUGACGGGCCGUUUGGAUCCCGGAGAGAGGGCCUCCUCCGAAGGCAAGUUAGGGCCCCCGCCGGAGCGGGGCCUGAGGAUGAACCCCCCUCACGGCCGAGAUGGAAGCACCGGCGACCCCCCGAAGCCACCCCCGCCGGGCCGCCUUCCGAACCUCCCCGCGGCGCUUCUUUCCGUCCGCCCUCCAAGCAGCUCCGGAGCGAGAACGCAGCAGGGCGGCAUCCGCCUGCCGCUCCUCGAGGAGAAAGUCCAUCCCGACUCGGCGCCCAAGAGCAAGCGACUGCUCCGCUACCUGUUGGCCUUUUCCCGCAGCCCCAGUUCCAGCAGCCUGCACCGGUUCCACGAACUGGAGCACGGGCCGGCCCCCCAUAGGAAAGACAAGGCCUGCAGCGGGCCCGCUGGGAGCCCGGGCUUCCGUUGGGAAGAGCCAGGCGACGACGACGAUGACGUCUUCGAGGACGCCGCCUCCUCGAAGCUGCAGCCCAAGGAGCCCCGGGCACCUCUCUGCUCCGUUGAGAAGGAUAGCGACCUGGAUUGCCCUUCUCCCCUUUCUGAAAAGGUCCCCCCGCUCUCCCCUCUGUCCGUGUCUGGGGAUGCUUGCAGGAUAUGUCACUGUGAAGGAGAUGACGAGAGUCCUCUGAUUACGCCCUGUCACUGCACAGGAAGUCUUCAUUUUGUGCACCAAGGCUGCCUGCAGCAGUGGAUCAAAAGCUCAGACACCCGUUGCUGUGAACUCUGCAAAUAUGAAUUCAUAAUGGAGACCAAAUUAAAGCCUUUAAGAAAAUGGGAGAAAUUGCAGAUGACAGCCAGUGAGCGGAGAAAGAUCAUGUGCUCUGUAACAUUCCAUAUCAUUGCUAUCACCUGUGUGGUAUGGUCCUUAUAUGUCCUCAUAGACCGGACUGCUGAGGAGAUUAAGCAGGGACAAACUACUGGGAUUCUAGAGUGGCCAUUUUGGACUAAGUUGGUGGUCGUGGCUAUUGGCUUCACAGGAGGACUGCUCUUCAUGUACGUGCAGUGCAAAGUGUACAUGCAGCUAUGGAAGAGACUUAAGGCUUAUAACAGAGUCAUCUAUGUCCAAAACUGUCCCGAGACAAGCAAAAAGACCAUUUUUGAAAAACCCACGCUAAUGGAGUCCAACUUUGGAAGUAAGGAUGCGCGUGGAGUUCACCGUUCUGAGAUAAGCUCUUCCCGUUACACAGAACCCGAUGACUGUGGAUUGGAAGUUUUCCAAGUCUGAUUAGCGGGUGUCGCCUAUUUUCACCUGGAUGUUUACUGCAAAGAUUGUGCUUCGGUCGUGUGGGGAUGGAACUCAGCUCACAGCUUAGACUGGGCCGUUACACCUUUUUUAUUACAUUCUGGGUUUUUUAAGUCCUCCCUUGACAUAUCUUUUAGUACACGACCAUAGUCGUAGGCCUCUCGACGCUCCCUCGCUUUGUUGAGCUUGCACUCCCAAACGGGAUGAGCAGAAGGUGGAAAACGUCCGCUACAGCCGCACCGAAAUGAGCCGAAGGAAAGGGAGAUGUGAAAUUCACGUGAGCCGUGGCCGAUGCGGAUUUCGGAGAUACCAUUCCAUUUAAGCACUAACCGACCCUAGAAGCUUUUUGGGGACAUUCACUGUAUCGGUGAGACAGCAUCUCCGUCUACCAAGGAGACGUUGAUAGACAACUGGUAGCCUUUCUGUCUAAAGCCUGAUUUUUCCGCUAAUGCUGCCACUAACAUCUCUCUUGGGCAACCAGUUGAAGAUUUAUGCUUUACUUAUUGUGAUAACUUAGAAAGCAAAUGGCACUUUUAAAUUUUUUUUUUAUUUUGUAAUAUAUGCGUCCAAUGGGACUGAAACUUGAAAGAAUGCCUCACUUCAAAAGAUUCCUUUCAAAACACUCGGCUCCUUCGUGUCCUAAAGCCUUCUUGCCUUAUGAAAGUAGGUGACUUCCAACAUAACACCCGCAGAUUGAUUUCCCCUGCGUUAACUCCACACACUCUGCCUCGGAGCUAUUUCACGAGCUGCUUCUAAGGACUCUUGCACUCGUGAUGGGUAGUUCCUGGGUGUUCGCCGUUUGUACUUAGGGAUCCUAUGGAAUGUGUUGUCUUUGAGGAAGAUUCCUUACAUGGCAGGUGGGCCCUUCCCAGUUUCCAGCCCUAGCUAUCGAGCUGGAAAGACGUGGGCGCUCCCAGCAGGAUCUCGAGAUUUUGGUCUCUUUGGUUCCGCUUUUCUAUUCAGUUCCCUCCAACUUGUGAAAGGAAGAGGAGAUUUGACAAUAAGGAAUAAAUACGUGCCAUCCUCUGGUCAGGUGAGGGAGGGAUGUGUGUGUGUGAGCGUUUGUGUGCGCCGGGUGGGUGGAUGUAUGUCUGUGGGUGUGUCAGUGCACACACGGGCAUGUCCUUCCUCCAGAAGAAGGGGAAAAGUACUUCUCCGAGUCUCUGGUGGAUGGUUGCGCAUAUUGGGGCGACCAGUGAGUUGAUCAGGUGAUUUGUCCUUAGCAGUGGAGAUUGUUUUCUCAAUCCCCCUUCAGCUAAUGGUAGUAAGAGUAACAGUAGCAGUUGUCGUUGGCAUAGUUAGCAUUUACUGAGCACCCACUGGGUGCAGCGCACUGUACUAAGUGCCCGGAAAGUACAAGACGAAGAAGCGAGGCUUUCCUACCCACACGGAGCUGACGCUCUAACUGGGGAGAGGCGAAUAAAAUAUAUUCGCCGCUCAUUAAGAGUCAAGGCUGGCUCAGUCCCUUUUGGACUGACUCCAAGAGAACCAUUAAAGGCACCAAAGCCCCUCCGAUUUCUAACCUGUUCCUAUUCGGGGAGAAAAAAGACUCCAAAGUGGCCUUGACACCUUAGUUCAUUAGGAAGACAGAUUUCUGCUGCCACCCCUUGAAGCAAUCUGUUGAAAACAGUUCCUCAUGGGGGGCACUGGAGCACGGUAACAACAUAGGAAAGGGAGAUUGUGAAGAGAAAGGGGGUAAUUUUAAAUAGAUAACUUAAUGAGCUCCAAUAUUGAAGUCCACCUGGGUUUCUCUGGAGAUAAGGAGGAGAAAGGAGGAGGCUUUAAAUUUCAAAAGUGACUCUGUGUGUGUGUGUGUGUGUGUGUGUGUGUGUGUUGCAUUGCAAGGUUUUCAAUUUUCGGUCUAUUCUCAUAGAAUUCCACUUUCUCUGUGGAUUUAAGUGGCCCAGUCGCACUGGCGGAAGAAUUCCUCUGGCUGGAGGGUGCCAUGCUGUUGUUAGGGAGAGCGUGAAAUGUUCCCUUCUCACCCCCAUGCCUCUGCCUGCUGAGCAUUCGAAAGUGCAAUUAUUUGGACCCCCCCACCACCCUUAACUCCGAUCCCUUGGUCAGUAAUAUCUGUUCCAAGAGUCCAGAGACCCAGGCCAUGUCCACAGACAGCUAUUUGGAGGUAAAGCAAGUCUACUCAGGUGAGUUCCGUACCAGGUCUUACAUCCCUUCAGUCACUUAAGAAAUUCGUCUGCAUAUAAGGUUGCUAGAAUGAUCUCUACAUAGCACAGGUAGCUCCUUUCAACGCCUCCCACCACUUUGGAAUUGUUGAUAUUGGCAAGCAGAGUUAACAUUUCUUUUGGGUUGGCGAGCUUGUGCCAGGACAGCCAGAUGUUUGGAGGAUUCGUUGAAUAGUCUGAGGUCUCUUCCUUCCCUCACCCGCCACCCAACUCCAAAUCCCUGUGGCAUCAUAGAAUAGAUUUAAGGAAGAAAUUCAAGUUUUCUGCCCCACUGUAGCGUUUAGCGGACAAAAGUAGGCCAAUCCUUAGGCCACUCGCGUCUCGGAUCCUCUGGAUUGCCAAAAGAGGUUUCUUUGUAUAUCUGAUAUUAUUUCCUUUUUCCGCAUUUCACACCUUUUUGCUAUUCUCCAGUGCUCAUGGAGUCCCCAAAGAAAAGGUCUGCCAUGUAGUGGUGGAAGCAACGCUGAGUGGUGUUAGCUUCCUUCUUUAUCUGUUUGUAAAUUGGAGUGUUGUGGACUGAUUCUCACUUUGGAGUAGCAUCUUGUCGUCCUCUUUACUUCCUGAGCUUUCAGGUGAAACAGCCUUUCCUCAUCAAAUCUUCGUCCUAAAUGACCAUCUCAUUAGAGCCACCAGACAUCAAAGAUCACACUACAGGCCAUAAAUAUAUAUUAGCGGGAGUAGCAUUGCUGUGGAAGAAAUCGCAGUGCAAAAUUCUAAAUCGUCCCUUCCCUAACACCUCCAUCCUCCCAAAAAAAUUCCUAAUUAGGCCAAGAGGACACAUUCCCGGGGUCUUCACGCUUCUUUCUUUAGAAGGGGGAAUCUGCUUUCAGAGCCUUAUAGCACUCUUGGGAGUCCCGGGAUUCUUUUGGGGUACUUUAAGAGGGAUGGGAUUAGAAAGGGAAGGAAGAGAAGAGGAUUUGUGAAAAGGGAAAUUAAAAUCUAAAACGCAGUCCUACAUUCUGAUAUCCACUAUCACUAAAGGGUGAAUUCAAAAGCAAAGAUGUGUACUGUUUUAUAGAUGUGCAAAUCUGAAUUUGAACUACAGUUUUCCUUUUUGUUUUAGUUUGACCUAUUGCAGCACCUGUGUGACCCAAGGUAGUACUGAAAAGUAGAAAGCUGCACUUGUCUUGGUUUAGAAAACAAUUGGUCAAAUUUUGCAGCUGAUCUCCUAUUUUGAGAAACUAUUUGUUGAUGGGUAACUGUGCUCUGUUAAUAAAGUUGACUUGACCCUG